GUUGUGCGUAGCAACCACAAGGAUUACUCCGUCGGUGUGAAAUAAUUGCAGCAUUCGACGCAGCAGCAGUAGUAGUGUUGUGUGUGCGUGUGUUCUUGGUGGUGUUUCGUGUGUUGGCAAACGAAAUAAGGCCAACCGUAAUUUGAAAUGAAAGCGUGAUCAAACGCGUUUGUGUGGAGAGUAAAAAAGGUGUUAGAAUCUACGCCCGAGUGUGACGUGUAUGUGUGUGCGGUGGAAUAAUCGAUCGGUGCCAAAUGAAAAAGCAGAGUUGAACCACCGCAACACGCAACAGUAGCGAGAGAGAGAGAUAAGUGUUUGCCGUGUGUCGGGGUGUCGUUUAUUAGCGAAUCCGCACCUAUCGUGUAAUAUAUGUGCGUCGGCAGGCAGAGGGUCAGCGGCCGAGCAGCAGCAACAGCAGCCAGCAGUGCACCUGGAGCGUGUGUGUCUCGGCAGUAGGGUCGUGUUGAGUGCGCGUACAUCGCAGUGUGUGUGUUGUGUCCCACGAUGGCCAUGGCAGCGUGCUAUCCGACCUACGACCACAUGACCGGCGGCAGCAGAAAUGUGGCUCAGCAGCAGCAGCAGCAUCUCGUGCAACAGCAGCAGCAGCAACAGAGUCCGGUCGCGGCCACUAGUCAGCUGCACCAUCUGUCGUCGCGGCUGUCGGCCGCGGCAGCAGCAGCAGCAGCGGCCGCAGCCGCCGCCAGCAACAUGUCGGCGGUGCAGAAGGAUUUCAGCAUACCGCUGCACGUGGACUGCAGCGUGGAGUACGAGCUGCCGAAUCAGGCGAAGCCGCCGGUCGGGGCCCGGGUGGAGCCGCUGCUGAUGAUCCAUCCGUGCUACUUCCGCAAGAUGGAGAGUCAGCGGCGCAGCCCGUUCAUCAACAACAUGCCAAAUUCGUCCCGUAGUUCUAGUGCGUCGAUCGCGGCCAAGGCUGGUGGCAACGGGGGGGCCGUCGGCAGUGGUAGCAGCAGCAGCGUUGCCAGCAAUGCCGUCACGUCCAGCAGUGCGUCGGUCGCUGUGGAUUCUGUCGCGAGCCGGCGGAGUGCCGUGGCCGCAUCUCACAAGUCAUCGUCGGCGUCGGCUGCUGCGGCUGCAGCCGCAGCCGCCGCCGCAGCCGUCUCCACCAGCAACCAGUUCCUUCAGCUCCAGCUGGACGAUUACGUUCAGCGGCAAAUGCAUCGCUCGUCAGCGGUCAACAGUCAGCAGCAGCAACAGCAGCAACAACAACACUAUGCUGCUGCUGCCGCCAACAACACAGUCAAUGGUCAUCUGCAGCAGCAACAGCAGCAGCAUCACCAUCAGCAGCAGCAGCAGCAGCAGCACCACAGUCGCCACCAGCAACAACAGCAGCAACCUCACCACCAUCAUCACCAGUCGCAGCAGCAGCAUAUCGCUGGACAGUCCGCGAACCAGUACAGCCUCACCAACAGUCAGUCCCUGCAGCAGCAGCAUCAGCAACAGCAGUCUGCGGCUGUGACAACCUCCGACUGGGGCCGCUACCACAUGGGUUCGGCGGACUGUGUCAGCUCCGGGGGUGGAGCUGCCGGUGUUGCUGGCAGUGUGGUACGCAACGGGGGCAGCUACGGUAGCAAGCUGUCCAACAACAACAACAACAACAACAGCGUCUACAACACCAGCAACACCGGCAACAGUAACAGCAGCAGCAGCAGCAACAAAUCCAAAAGUGUCACUAGCGCGUCGAUGAAGCGCAGCAACGCAAGUAAUACGGGUAUCAGUCAACACCACCAGCAGCAGCACCAGCAGCAACACCAGCUUCAACAACAGCAGCAGCAGCAGCUGCUGAUGCCGGCCAGCUGCGCCGUGUACAACAGCAGCACCGCGAACUGUGUCAGCAGUGGCCUGGUCGAGGGUGGCGGUGCUGGUGGUGGGCCCCGCUGGGGUGACAUCGAGAAGACUUCAAUGGCGGCGGCGGUGCCGCGCGAUUUCCAGGCCGGCCCCGAAUCGCUCCCGAUGAAGGCAGGCGGGCUCGUGUCCGCCGCCAACCUGCCGCCGCCGCCCUCCGUGUACCGUAGCGGUGGCAAGCGGGACGCGAUGCUGUCCGGUGCCGGCGGCUGUGCAGUGUACAGUAGUAAUAGUAACAGUAACAGUAACAACACUAGCGGUAGUAAUCGAGGCCACAGCAACACCGGCGGCAGCAGCGUUGUUGCGGCCAACGGCACCACCACCAGCACCAUCACCACCACCACCGGCAUUCCCAGCACGGACCUCAGCCUGUGGGAGGCGGCGGCGAACGGCGGUGGUGGGGCCGGCACUACCAACUCCACCCUGCCGGACAAGAGCUCGAUGACGGCGGCCAUUCCGCGAGAUUAUCACGCGGCCGGUCCGGAGCAUCUCGCGGCUUGCAACAAGCUAGCGGCUGCACGGCAACAGUACCAGCAACAGCAACAACAGCAACAACAGCAACAUCAUCAUCAGCAGCAGCAGCAGCAGCAACAUCACUCCCAACAACAGCAGCAGCAACAUCACCACAAUCACCAGGUUGCGGUGGCGGCGGCCGCUGCUGCAGCGGCGGCAGCAGCCGAAGCGUCCGAGAAGCUGCUGUUUGCGGCCAAGUACCGGCAGCACCAGCGCGCCUCCCAUCGGCUCCACCCGUACAUGAUGAGCUCCAGCUUUACCCCGCUGAUGACGGCGGCUUUCCCCCCGAUGCAGCAGGUGUCCUGCUACAACGUGUGAUUCUAAGCAGGAGGGGUGGGCCAACAACCGUAACAACAAUCGGUAACGGGUGGUGGAUGAAAAUGUUGCUGACGUGUGUUCCUUCCGGUGUGCGCUCGUGCGUGAGUGUGUGUAUGCACGCAUUGGGGUGGCAAGUGAUAAGAGCAGUAGGAGAGGGGAGAGGGGAAGAAGGAGGGGAAAAGAAGUUCAGUGAGAUGUUUGUAACGCGUUCGCGCUUUUUCUGUUUCUGGCAAAGCUGUUCUGUUCUGUUCUGUUUAUUAUUAUUAAUAUUAUUAUUAUUAUUAUUAUUUCACUUUGGUCGUUAGACGAAACAAUGUUGCAAGCACGUGAAGAUGGAAAAUUCCUUUCGCCCAAUCGCCAAUGCCCAACACUGCAAAGAGAAAGAGAAAGCGAGUUAGAUAGGAGUGCCAGAGUUGCAAAGAGAUAAGGGCAUGCAGUAGUUGAAGGAGGAGCCAGAGAAGAAGAAGAGGAAGAAGGAGACGUUGGCGGUGGCGGCCACUCUCGCAAAGCAUGUAUAAAAAUAGACAGCAACUUUUUUGUUGCAAAUUUAAAUGUGAUAGUAGUUUUUACUCCCAAAUAAUAACUUCAGCUAAAACAAAAGAAGAAGAAAAAAAACGAGGAACGACUAAAGGAACGACCGCAACUUUGACCGCAAAGAGACACUCUGUGACGGGGGAGGGGGAGUUGGUAGGGGAGGUAGAAAAGUAGUGUACCAGCACUACACCUCUUCACGCCUCUUCUCCUCACUCCUUCUUGGGAAGAAUACUAGUGGUAUGCUAAUUGACUAAUUGAUAUAUGACUUUAGAGAAGGCGACACGCGCAAAAUUCACAUCUGACGGUUUUGUUUUCCGUUUUAUGUUUGUCCUAGAUUUUGUUUUUCAAGCAUAACCGAUUAGCGGACGACGCAACUGUGUGCGUGUGUGUGUUUGUAUGUGGGAGGGCGUGGGUGUGCGAGAAGACUACUUUUAUGUUGCCUAGGUGUUGAUAAAGGAUGAUAAAAAAAACCCAACUGAAAAAUAAUAAUACAACCGGACGACAGCACGUGUCCGGCGUGUUUAGUGAGUGUUUGGCUUUAAUCGAACGGUAGUACGGGAUAAAUAUACAUAUAUCUAUACACACAGACACAGACAUACGCAUUACACACAGGACACAAACCUCUAUAUAUAUACUACGUAUUAAACAGAAGAAAUGUGCGAAGAAGCAACAUAACUAUAUCUAGCCUCAACAAAAUUCCUUUCGUUUCUACUCAUGAAAACCCACACAACACACACCAACAACAACAACUACAACAAUCCUCUUUCCCUCCAACGGAAGGGUGGAAAGGCAAAAAACUGUAAACUUUGCAUGUAACUCGCGAUACACUAAAGCAAAACAAAGAAGUACGGUUAAAAAAAACAAGCAGCAACCCUGAGACGGAAAUGAACUUGUAAUAGAAAAGCAAAGAAAGCAAAAAAAUAACACAUUAGACACACACACAAACAUUGAAAAAGGCAGUUGAGUAGUAAGCGGUGGUAAUGGAGGAUAAAGUAGGAGAAGAAGACAGGAGACAGGCGCAAGCGUAACGUAAUACAAAGAAAAAUGCGGAGUCAUGAACUGAAAAUAAAAACGAAGAAACCUAGCUAAAAACAAACGCCCCCGUUUAGUAAAAACUAAUAGAAAAACAUUGAAAAAUGAAACAAACAAAAAAUCUAUUAUCUUGCUCUCAAUUCUGUGUUCCAACAAAAGAAAGAAGCGCAGCUCGUGUUCAAAGUUCUGUUCUGUUGUUAUAGGCGAGACAGUCAUUAGAGAGUGUUUUUGGUGGGGGUUCGUUUUCUUUCGCGGCUUUCGUUCCCAUCCAAAGGUUUAUGCGUGUAUGUGUUUUAUUGUUUCUCCAAGUUUUUGUUUUGGUGGUCCAGUUGUUCAGCCCCCCCCCGGGGGGUUGUCCGCAGUAGAGUUCCUCUUUUGAUUUUCACCAGGUUAUCGUUGUCGUUCUCGUUUUGUGCGUGUAUUGAUGUGUCUCCCGUAUAGAUGUGUAAGGGGUUUCCCACCAAAAAACUUCCCCCUUCAAAAGAGUUCCUCGCCUGUGUUGGCACCAUCACUCUCCGACGAACUGGUGCCCGAUCUGAUUUCCUCUAGUGUGUUAACCUUUUUCUAUUGUGAUAGACGAACAUUGCCAUACCGCCGGUCGGGGUCGGGUUUACGAGGAGGUACGGAGGAAUUCUGAUCGAAUAAUUCCAUUUUUCCCCAGGCAAAUUGAUUUCUGCAAAGUUGAUCCUUUCUUUAUGAGCUCCAUGUUGCAUAUGCCUGUCCAGUGUUCCAAACAGCAGCAUCAUUCCUUGAAAUUCGCCUGUUCCUGGGUUGUUUUUUCCCACCGCUGCCCCAAGUUGUCGGCACCGAACCCGAACACCUAUAUUACAUCCCGUGCGAUGUUUUACCGAUCAGCUCUGCUACUAAUGGCUUACGUUACGACCCACUAUUGUAUAGGCGACGUUGUGCUUUAGCGAACGAAGGUAGCGAGAGGAUAAAUAUAGGGUACGGAUAGAGGUGGUACGGUAACAUAGUAAAGGUAAAAACAUGAAGUAAACAAUGUGCAUAUUUAACAUGUUAUUGUUGCAUGAUCGCUGCAAAAACUAACCCAGUAAUAAUAAUAGGACAGCAGUAAUACGAGCGGGCAGCAAACUCACUACCAGCUAUACAGCAAGAAGCAAACAAAACAAACUACUAAUCAAAAUCAAUAAAAAAAAAAACAUGAACAGAACUGGAACAAAAGAAAAAGAAAAAAAAAAACAACGACGUACUAUGCAUGUUUCGGAAAAAACAACAACCUACUGACGCAAACUGUUAAUAGAGGAUGUUCGAUUUUGAGUUUUUCCAAAAAGAAAAAAAGAAAUAACAGAAACUAAUGAAAAUUUCCUAAAUAACCAAAUAACAUAAAAUGCAACACAACAAACGUUCACACUGACUCAUACACUAAGCAAAUGAAGUAUUCAGACUAGAAAUUAAUGGCAAACUAAGGCAAAAACAAAGGCGUUAAUGGUAACGGAAAACAAACACAGACUAAUUAACUGAAAAUAAACAAACACACAACUCGAACACAUUCUCUCCUAGUCUAGGUCGCGUACGAAAACUAACAAUACAAUGCUAAAUUAUAUACUCUCUCAGACAUAUACAAAACAAAAACAAAAAAAAGCCGUGACAGGUAUACUAUAUUUCAGUAACUAGAACGAAACGUUAAUGGGAAUACAAAUGCCGUGGAGUGCAAUUGUUAGUUGAUGUUUUUUUUGGCGAGGGAUAAACAUGCUGCUAGUUGGGUUAUGUUUUUAUUGUUUCUGUUCCGACCUUUUAGUUUUUCUUCUUCGAAAAAGCGACUAAUACCACACAAAACAAACAAGUCUUAUGUAAACGUAGAAUAGGAUUGUAUGCAAAAUCUCUAAAGCAUAAAACAAACAAAACUAAUGAUAACAAAUUGAUACCGACGAGUCAAAGAGACACAGGCCAAAAACAAAAGCACACACCUUCUCAGGACAGGAUCAGUACGGCGUAGGGGGGAGAGGGAGAGAGGUGAAUGUGUCGGUAUGUCUCUGUGUGGUAAACCUUGUGUGCUUUUUGGUGGACCGCUUCUUGCGUUUGGCCGUCGUGUCGUGUUCGCUGUACAUAUACUAAGAUACCGAGGGGGAGGACGGGUCAACCCGGGAAUAUAAGCCAAAGGGGAAGGACAUCAAGUCAAAGUUUAGUCAACGGUGAAUGCGAUUGCUCGGCAAACAAGGGGCAGGAAAAAUAGGAAAGGCUAGUAAUUCCAAUCGCGCGCAUACUGUGUCAAGCAUACUAACCAACUGUGUGGUAAAACAAUGGUGAAAAAAGUGAAAAAGAAAGAGAAAACAGUGAGAGAAACGAAGAACAACGGGAAACGAGAGAAGAUGAAAAAAAAACAACUGACACUGUAGAACUAUAACUAGUAAACGUUAAGCAUAAAGUAA